GACCCAUUCUCGAAACGAUCCUAUCCCUGUCCUAACUUGAGUUUCCGAUCCUAGCUAGGAUAGCGAGCUCUUCAGUCGGUGAGAUAGAAAAGCGAAGGGAUUUCCCAUAUGACGUCACAGCUUUUUGGGAAAUCCCCGAGCAGACGUCAAAAUGUCAAGCUCAAGCGAGAUGGCGACCGCAGAAAAGAAAGCGAGAAAAGUCAACUGGACUCGGAACGAGAUGGAUUGUUUAGUUGAUGAGGUGGAGAAGCAUAAGUCUAUUCUAUUUAGCUCAUUUUCAUCCGUUGUUACCAACAGCAAGAAGCAACAGAUUUGGAAGGACAUAUCAAACAGGAGUGACACAAGGAGGAAAGCCACUAGCCUAAAGAAGGCUAUAUUCCAGACAGGCGGAGGGCCAUCACCAUCUCCACUGAGUGACUUUGAGUAUAAGGUGGUGUCCCUCAUUCCAUCCGCACAAAUCAAUGGUUGCACAGGGGGGCUGGAUAGUGAAGACUUGUCAGCCUUCUCAGGAUUGGGCAGUGUGUUGUUUGAUGCAGCUGUUCCCUCGACUUCAACUAGCAGCAACAAUUUGAAUGUCGACUCUGCCCGGACAUCACCUAUCCUCCUUUCGCCCUGCACUCCACCUCGACAAGCAGCACCACCAACACCGCAUGAUCCACCAGCAUCGUUCCAAUUGUCACCAGACAUAGUUUCGAGACCUGGGAGUAAGAAACAAAAGACAAAAGUUCAUACUCAUGAAGACAGUGCAGCCCAGGCAGCUGAAGUGGUCCAGCAGGAGAGGGAGAAGGUGGCCAUCUUGCGGAACGCUUGCAGAUCGACAGAGAGCGCCUGCAAGAGCCAAUACUCAAUGGUUGCGGCUGAUGAGAAAACAGGCAGAUCAGACU